AUGGCCUCACUUUCCACUCUAGCGGAAGACAUCAUGCACGGCAUUUGCGAGUACCUCACCCCCCAUGAGAUCCUCCAACUUACUCUCGUCCAGAAACGCUUCGCAAUGUCAUUUGAGCGAAGUCUUCUGCUGCACCGCGAUCUAGCAUUGCAGACGUACCAUGCAAUGAUGUCGGCCAUCCUCAGAAAAGACGUCAACCGGAUCGAGUCGCUCUUGGAACUCGGAUACGACCCCAACUUUGCUCUGGAAUCUUCCAUGCUUCCCUGCCUGGCCGAUUAUGAGUAUCCGGUUGAUCACCUGACUCUUCAAGCGCCAUUAAACGUUGCUCUGAGAAAAGACAGCGUGGUUUCCCUCAUUCUUGAGCGCCUUUAUCGCCCCGAAUGCGAUACCCACAAGAUCUUCAUGUCUUAUUCCGUCCUGGCGCACGCCAUCUUGGAGGACCAGGUCGAUAUCGUCAAACUGCUGCACAGGUAUGGCGCGGACAUUGAGGACUUGUCGCUGCAGGUUUUCGAGUACAGUGGCAAGCUGGUAGACCUGAAUCAUCAGAUCAGUGUGUUGCACCUGGCGAGCAGCGGUGCGAUGAUCGAGACCCUGUUGCAGCUUGCUCCCAACAUAGCUAUCGACAAAGACAAGUUCUUGCACACAGAGCCGCUACUCCUCUGGCACGUCGAGAGAGGUACAGACGUCCACGGGCUCCGCCGAUUAUUGGAGGCCGGCACUCAUGUGGAUGGGGCGCGUCCAGCAAAACGGCGAAUCCCAUUCUGUCAGUGUCAGGAGGGUGUGCUUCACGUCUUCCUAGAUCACGAAACACCGCUCGAAGCCGCCGUGUGGAACUUGGACCGAGAUGCCGUUGAGCUUCUGCUGGAGUGGGGAGCCUCUAUGGAGUCCCCGCCCACCCACGAAGGCGAACUAACCUGCCUGCAUGAAGUGGUCAAAUUGUUCCUCCUGGAACACAAACCGGAGCAUCUAGAAGUCAGCAAACAGAUCUUUCGUCUACUCCUCAACCGCGGCUUCGAUGUCAAUCGCGAGUACAUUGAGUGGACAGGAUACACACCGUACGGUACCCGCUCCCACCAACUGGCUGAAAACAGAGUCACCCUGGUACUAGAAGCGUUGAUCUACUACGUAUCGGCCGAGAUGUUUCAGUUUCUCCUUGACGCUGGAGCGGACCCCAACGCGCCAUUCCCAGGUCUACCAAUAGAGCAAAGCAAUCCUGUCCUGCUUGGCUUGUCGGCCGCGUCGGCAAGGCUGUACCCCACUGAUAUGACUGAGCAAGAAAGACUGUCACUACAAAUUGCGAAGCUCAAAGCAUUGGUCACCAAAAGAGCAGCUCCUCAUGGCGCCGACAGGGAGUUGAUGCUCAGGGUCGCUCUGGAAGUUUCAACACCGAGCAGACAGUAUCAAGUCUUGCGAGUCAUCUACGACGUGUUCGGCCCGUUCAGCGAGGAUACGACUCUGCUGGUGGAAGUUCUGCAUCGGGUUAAGAAGACCCCUGGUAUUCUUCACGAAGAUCGACAGAUGAUUGAGUUCCUCAUCCAGUCCGGAGCACCCGUUAACAGCACGAACGCAGAGGGGCAGACCGCGAUGCACAUUGCCUACUCCCUCUCGACAACAAGCCCUAUUCCCAGCGUACAAACAAACUCGGUACUGUACUGGGAUAUCGAUGAGCAGCAGGCCUUCGUACUGGGUUGGGCCUUGGGUACCUUUACUCUGGGCCAUGAUACUAUGGAUGGAUUCCUCUGUGAGCUCCUCCGUCAACCCGUGGAAUUAGAGAAACGACACCGGAAUGCGCUGGCAAUCUUCGACACAUUGAACCAGGGUGGAGCGGAUCAAAGUGUCUUGAACAACAAGCAGGAGACGCCAGCUAUGGAUGUCAGAAUUGCAAAAAGAAAAGAAGAAAGGUCACAUGCGCACAACGCCCUCUUCCCGUCAGAAGGACCUAGUCAACUGACUCGUAGCCAGUGCGAUGAGACGCGCCCGGAAUGCCUCGGUUGCGUGAGAAGAGGAGUCAAGUGCAGCGGCUACGAGCGCUCUGUGACUUUCAGGGACGUCACUACGCGGGCCGCCGAGUCUUCAAGGAAGUUUGAGGAGGCGAGGUGGGCAGCUCUACGUCUUGAGGAUGAACGAAGGAAACGACGCAGCCUCGGCUCAACUCAAGGAUCCGCAUCUGCCUCGCAGGAAGCAUCGAGGCCCGAAGAUGUCACAGAAUUACCGGCAAAACAAAGUUUGUCGACAACUCCGGCUCCAGCGCCGCUACCCCCAUGGCAAAUGACGAAUGCCGAUUGGCUCGCUGGAACUUUCACUUUGCCAUGGCCGCUUACCGACACUUUCGAUGGCUCUUCCUCGUUCCAAGAUGCAGCUCAACAACACCAGAGGACGGCCAAUCCAAGAAAUGGCUCGAGUGAAUCAGGGCAACCUCCAUCGCUCGAGAGCUCUGCCAACCGCUUGAUGUGGACAAGCGGAGAACCAAACAGUCAAACACCGGUCGUGGGAGCUCCGAGCCCUAUCUUGACGAAUGGUUGGGACGAGUUUCUCGUCACUGACGGUUCGUCUUCAGGGUCUUCCACGUCCGGGUCAUCUCCUUUAGGGGAACCGACUGUCGACUGCCAGUUGUCAAUACCUCUAGAGGAGGUUCUAAUUCAGCAUUUCGACAGGAACGUCCUCCCGUCCAUACCAGUUGCUCUCUCUUUCCCCAAGCUCUUCCGCCAGAGCAGCUGUUUCCAGUCUGCAGUACUGGCACUCUCCGCCAGUAACAUCAAGCUGACGCAACCAUUGCCCAUUGACCCGCUUGUCCUCCGCCGGGUAUGCGACGACAGCAGCAUCUGGAUCUACUACGACACAGCGGUGAAGGGGCUCCAAGCCCAGCUUCAGAAUGUGGGAAACCACCGCGGCGAGGAGCUCGCGGGUGCUGCCCUGCUGCUAGCGUACCACGAGCUGGAGGCCGGUACCGCUCGUGGUAUCUGGGACCACGCCGCCGGCCUCGAUGCCAUUGCUUCGAAGCUCGACUUCGCCGCGUCGUCAAUCCCCGACCUCUUUAAAGCCUGGCGUAUGCUAAGAUACGAUAUCCGAUUUACAAUGACACCGACACGGGCCACUUGCAACCCCGUGGACAGCUACGAUGUUUCGAGCCUCCUCGACCCGCAGCUGGCCAUCCGGGAUAUUUUGUCCAGGCUGCAUGGUAUGUAUGCACGUUACGCCAUGGAGGCCACAUUCAGCCAUGAUACCAGUGUCGAUGGCGGUAGCGCGUCGGAAAAGGUCGCCUUAUGGCUGAUGUCUGUCCUCGGGCGCGAGUGUGACCGCCGCAAUGUGAGGCUCAAGGACUUUUACAAGGAGAACUUGACACCGGAAACCAUUUUGCGGCAAUGCGACGUCUUCGCCCGUCGGCUGGACAACUGGCACAAGGGGCUCUGCGACCAAGACAUGCCGGUCGUCAAGCUCGGCACGGAUUCAGACGUGAUCAGCGGGGCCACGUUUGAGACCUUUGUCACCUACCGUUUCGCCAACGAGCGGAAAGCCCUCGAGUACAUGAUUUACCUCGUAUGCAGGAUGACCUGCACUUACCUGCGCUCUCUAUUCGAUCCAUCCGCUCAGUCGUCGGGUACGGAUGCCUUGGCUAAGGUCAUUCUUGGUAUCGUUUGCGGCAUGAACAUGCAGCAGCGGCAGCAGUUUACAAUUAUUCGCGUCGACGUCUUGCUCAGAAUGGCUGCAGGUCUAUCUGAAGGCACCAAUUUCAUAACCACCAUCCUUGACUAUCUGCUUCCGAGGCUGAUAUCUUCGGGUCUCACUGGGCCCGAUAUUGUUGCGUGGGUUUACUUGAAGUCGUCGUUGGAGCUCGAGCUGAGGGAGAGGAGAAAGGGCCGGGCCAUUCGAAUGACCAUCGAAGGAGUCGAAGAGGACUGUGAGUUGUGGCAGCUGGUGCACAGGCAUCCAGUCGCUGCCUUUGGGGACUACAAUGGGAAGGGUUACUUUAGGGAUUGCUAUGUCCUUGAGUGUCUCGGGUGA